UAACUUAAUAUUUUAUCAUGAUUAGGUCGUGAUUUUUAGUACAAUUUUGCUGAUCAUUCUUAGCCGGAAUGAUCGAUACAUUAUAUGCUAAUGUAAAGCGGAUCAAUCAAGGAAUCGAGGAUCUACGAACCGGUUUUUUUCAGGUUCAAAACUUCCCGCGCCACGCCAAAGACAUUAUUUUUACAAAAAUGGAUUCAUUUUCUGAAAAGGAUCUGAUACAAAACGCUGAGCGUCAACGUAAAGCAAGCUCUCUAGAUUCACAUAACAUUAGUUACGAACAGUUUUCAAACUCUUCUUCACCUAAUUCUCCAAAAAAGUCGCGACCAAUCUCCAUGUUUGUUCACCCACAGGAAAAAUUAAAUCAGACUUCCGAAGUAACAAAUAAUAAUAAUUUUAAUAUAAUGCCUACACCAGAAAAUACCAUACCUCCCUCACUUCCCUCAAUACCUUAUCCUUUAGCUCAAGAGGUUGAUGUAGCAUCAGUUAAUUCCUUUAAAACUGUGGAAACAAGUCAUACCGGAGAUCAAGAAAGUUUAUGUUCUGAUGUUUUAGAGAGGGCAAAUAAUCCACAAGGAAUCAUAAAGAUGCUUUGUGAGCUUGAUGGUGGUCUGAGUAUAGCACUGGAAAGAGUUAAACAAGAUGUGAUAUCAGCAAAAGAAGUAGCUACUUUUUUGAAAAAAAGAGCUUCACUCGAAGAAGAAUAUGGAAGAAUGAUGAUAAAAAUGUCAAGAAGUUUACAAGAAAGCCAUAAUACUAAUGAUACCAAACAAGGAUCAUAUGGUGAAAGUUGGAUGAAUAUGUUAAAAUUGCAUGAAUCUAUAGGGGAAAAUAGAGUUAAAUUUGCAGCUGCCAUUCAAGAAAUAUCUGAAGAUGUGUCUGUUCUUUACAAAGAAACAGACAAAUCAAGAAAGAAUCUUAAAGAUUCCGGUCAUAAACAUGAAAAAGCAAUUCAAGAAUCAGAAACAGCCUUAGAGAAGGCAAGAGGAAAGUAUGAAUCACACAGCGAGGAUUGGGAACGUACUCUUUUACAAAAGAAUGGAGAUAUCCCUACUACUUCAAAACCAAGAACUUUAACAAAAGUAUUCUCUAAGCAAUCAAAGUCACCAACACAGUUAGUUAAAAUGGAAGAGGAUGCUAGAAAUAAAGCAGAAGCUGCUAACGCCACUUAUAAACAACAUCUAAAUUCUACAAAUGCAACACGACACGAUUAUUAUGAAGUACAUUUGCCCCGCAUGAUUACGUCCCUUAAAGAUACCGCCGAUGAAUGUGAUAUAGGUCUCCAAUAUCAUCUAGCGCGAUACUCUUACCUAUUUGAAAAUACCAUGAUGAGUGAUGCAUUAGUUAUAACUCCAGUUAAUGAAGCUGAUGGUCCUGCUUUACGUAAAAUCGUGGAGCAAAUCAAUAAUGAUGCGGAUUUUCAUACGUAUGUCCAGAAUUAUGGUGCAAAAACAAGAAGAAAGAUAAUUAAUUUUGACAUUCCAUACGAUCAAUAUAACAUGUCUGAGCAAGCUGUUAAUAUCAUGAAUCCCAAAAAUAUUUUUGGUGUAGAUUUGGCCGAACAAAUGCAAAGAGACGGUCAAGAAAUUCCAUUAAUAUUGGUUAAAUGUUGUGAGGCGAUUGAGCAGUCUGGGGGGUUGAGAAGUCAAGGCCUUUAUCGCCUUUCGGGAGUAAAAUCACAUAUUGAAAGAUUACAAGCACUAUUUGAUAGAAAUGCGGAAGCGGUUGAUUUGAAUGCGGAAGAACAUCUUGCAGAUGUGAAUAAUGUCACUGGAGUUUUGAAAUUAUGGUUUCGUGAAUUACCUGACCCACUCUUUACUAGAGAAAUGUAUCAAGAUUUUGUUAAUGCUUCAAAAAUUGCUGAUGACAAGAAACGUGUUCUUGCGCUCCAUGAACGUGUCAAUAAUCUUCCGGAUGCGAAUUAUAGUACCCUAAAAUAUCUUAUGGGGCACUUAAACAAAGUGGUGGAAAACCAAGAAUAUAAUAAGAUGAAUGAACACAAUCUUAGUAUAGUAUUUGGACCUACAUUAAUGGGAACUCCACUUCCAGAUCAUUCACAAAAUGAUGCUGCAGGACUUAAUGAUAUGGGCUUGCAAUACAAAGUUGUAGAAACAAUUUUAAUGAGUUAUCGUUCUAUUUUUGUGAUGGAAUAAGUAAAUUGUUGAAGAAAUUAAUUUGAUAAUUUAUCCUGGUGGUAAAAUAUCAUGUAUUGAUUGAUAAAAAGAGAUAAAUAAUGAACAUUUUAUUUUAGUUAAAAUUAAAAAAAUUUCAUAAAUAUUUAUUAAUUCUAAUUAAUUAUUUA